CACUAAUCAAUGGCUUCUCCUUCUACUUCCACUUGGCUUUUGAGUUGUUUUCUUUUAUUUGUUUGUCUGUUGGAUUACUCUUCAGCCACAGGUAGAAAGAUUAAUGGGUUAGUCCAAGAUGAACCUCCUACACCGAUAGUAUACCACAAUGGUCCACUUCUUUCUGGUCAAAUCUCUGUCAAUCUCAUUUGGUAUGGCAAGUUCCGACCUGCUCAGAGAGCCAUAAUCACUGAUUUCUUCAAUUCCCUCUACACUACACCCAAAACUCAAUCCCCUUCAGUCUCCAUGUGGUGGAAGAAAACUGAGAAAUACUUGAGUACUUCUUUGGUUUUGAAAUUAGGGAGACAAAUCUUUGAUGAGAAAUACUCAUUGGGUAAAUCUCUAAGCGAUAAGAAAAUUGUUAGAUUAGCAUCCAGAGGUGAACAGAGUAAUGCAAUCAAUGUGGUGUUGACGUCUUCUGAUGUUAACGUCGACGACUUCUGCUCUAGUAGAUGUGGUACUCAUGGGUCUUCUGAUUCUACUUCAAAGAAAACCAAAUAUACUUACAUUUGGGUUGGAAACUCAGAGACUCAGUGUGCUGGUCAAUGUGCGUGGCCGUUUAAGAAACCGAUUUCUGGACCACGGGAUGCACCAUUAGUUCCACCAAAUAUUGAUAUUGGUUUAGAUGGGAUGGUGGUAAAUUUGGCUAGUUUAUUAGCUGGAACAGUUACCAAUCCAUAUGGAAAUGGGUAUUACCAAGGAGAAGUAGAUUCACCUUUUGAGGUAUCUUCAGCCUGUACUGGGAUUUAUGGGAAAGGAGCCUACCCGGGUUAUGCAGGAAAAGUGUUAAUUGAUUCAGCGAGUGGUGCGAGGUAUAAUGCACAUGGUGUCAAUAAAAAGAAGUACUUGUUGCCAGCAAUGCUUGAUCGUUCUACCUCUACUUGUUCUACUUUGGUCUAA